AUGGUCAUCGAAGAAAUGGCAUCACGCUCGUCUCGAAGUAACAUCCAUAACGCAAUUUUGUUCUCGGCAUUGCAAAUCUAUACAUCUAUCGACCACGAAUUAGUGGAACAUUGCUUUGAGACGUUUCAAGUGACGCAAAAAUUUAUUUGCAUUACCCACUCUGUAAAUGCUGCUCAGUACCUUCUGGUAGAAAUGAUGGCGAGGGGUGUAAGUCUGUCGAGAACAACAGAAGGCAAAUCAUAUCUUUUGGAAACAGACAUCCCCGCAGACAUUCCAGAUUUAUUGAAUGAAACGAUAAGGACAUUUUCGGAAGCGAGAGAGGAAGUGCACGCUUCUGAGCUUCUCGGUCAACCAUUGGAUGUAGCUUCACAAGCGCCAGGAGGACAAGAAGAGCCUGGAUCUGAGAAAUCAUCGAGCAGCCUCUUCCUCUCCCCGGAGAAACAGCUAUCAAAAGAAACAGAAUCACCUGCAAAAACUUCGAGCAGUUCCUAUCAGAUCUCGCCCGAAAAACAACCAUCGACAUCUGGCAGCGAAGACACGAGGCCGCGAAAAAAAACUGAGGAAAAAGAUCUCAACAAAUACUUCCUUGUCCCAGGAAAAAAGCUUCUUGAGCUUUUCCACCUAAGUCGCUGUGAAUGUAGCGAGAACGCUUCCACAGAAAGUGUUUGGCUCAAAGGAUUCGCGUCUGCUCCUGUUAUCUACUAUACAACCGCUGGUUCAACAACGGAGACAAGAAGAUGGGAAGGACAGGACAGACUCGGUCCGACGCUGCAUGAAAAAGUGUUCAUCGGCAAUGUGAUAAGUUGCGUAGCAAACGUCACGACGGGAACGCGCAUAAGUAAGCAACUCCAGUGGGCAAAGGAAGUCAAUGUGGCCUUGCCAGGAAAAACCACUUUUUACGACAUGUUUGAAGAAAUGCGACCAGUGAUCAAAUAUGUAUACGACAAACGUGAAGAGUUGGUCAUCCAGGAAAUCGAAUCUAUCUACGAGGCUGAAGGUCAACCGAGAGCUUGGGACAUAGCAGUGGAUGGAGCGUACGACUCGCGUGGACAUACUGCUGCAUUCUGCAAGGUAUUGGCAGUGGACCUGAAGACAAAUCUGUGCGUGCACACCGAAGUCCUGCACAGAUCCGAAACUGGAGGUGUCAGCGGGAGAAUGGAGAAAGAAGGAUUUCGUCGACUACUGCGCUGGUUCCAUUCAAGAAAUAUCACACUCCGUUCCGUCUCUACCGACCGUAGCGCAAUGUACGGAAACGAAAUACGACAGUUUAACUCGGAUUUUAACACCGAUAUCCAGUGGUAUUUGGAUCCCUGGCAUAUAAACAAACGAAUCCACAACCAUCUUCGACCGAUUAUCCGGCUGAGGGGCUGCACAAACCUGAAGGAUUGGAUAAGCCCCCUCAAGGCACACCUAUAUCAUGCUGUCAGAGAAGGGGCACGAGCACAAAAUGCUCAGUUUACAAGACACAUAUUCAACACGUGCCUUUAUCACCUGGCGGGCAUCCACGAAUGGAACCAGGACGUCAACACUGGCCCAAUAACAAGAUGUGACCACCAAGAAUGGCCACAAGGGCAAAAGCCGAUCAUCGCGCUUGGCAGUCAAGCCCAUGAGAAGCUGAAAGCACUAGUUUUGGAGAAAGAGCUUCAGGAAGACCUCGCUAGGAUGAGCCCUUUUGGGGGAACUAGUCAAUGUGAGAGCAAAAAAGCAUUAGAUAGGGUUUACUGCCCUAAGGAAAUUUACCUGCCGAUAACUACUUACCCGACCUAUGUAAUGCUUUCGACUCUCCACAUGAAUGAAUUACGUCUAGCAGAGAUGCGUGGAGAACGAAUAGUGGAGCGUUCCACCAUGACUAUCCGAAAAUACAGCGACAUUCCGAAAGAAAUUCCCUACAAGACUCCCGUGGAGCACAUCUGGAGAAAAGAGAUCUUGGUCGAGUACAUGUCCCUAAGAUCUGGUAGAUCUGAGUCAUCCACGGAUCAACCGUCCACAUCUGGUCAGCCUACGUCUGCUCCACCGUCAACGUCUGGCCAAGAAUCUGAUGUGCCUUCAUCUACUCGAAAAGGAUCAGACGAGGACUGA